GAUGUGCGCGUAGUCAGUACCUUUCGAGUAUGGAGUCCGCCGUGGACUCAGCGUCGACCGCGAGCGAGGUGAGCGGCUCCUCCGGGGGCUCGCCGAGGGUGAAGGCGGCGUCGCCGGCGCGGGGCCUGAGCCCGCCGCAGCUGCUGGCGCCUCGCCUGCCGCUGCCGCCGCCGGGCCUGGGCCUGCUGGGCUCGCUGCAGAUGAUGCACCACUCGCCCCUCGAGCUGAUGGCGGCGGCCCACCACCACGGGCCGCCGCGGUACGGCAGCCCGCCGCCGAUCUCCACCUCCGACCCGUCGGCCAACGAGUGCAAGCUGGUAGACUAUCGUGGGCAGAAAGUUGCCGCGUUUAUCAUUCAGGGUGACACGAUGCUAUGCCUACCGCAGGCUUUCGAACUGUUCUUGAAGCACCUCGUCGGAGGGCUGCACACGGUGUACACGAAGCUAAAGAGACUGGACAUAGUGCCGCUGGUGUGCAAUGUGGAACAGGUGCGCAUCCUCCGCGGGCUGGGCGCCAUCCAGCCGGGCGUCAACCGCUGCAAGCUGCUCUCCUGCAAGGACUUCGACGUACUCUACAGGGACUGCACUACAGCAAGCUCCAGACCGGGCCGACCUCCGAAGCGUGCCUCCGGCGUGGGUCUCUCGCUGGCAGCCACGCAGUUCCCUGGACAUCCCUUCAAGAAACACCGGCUGGAGAACGGCGAGUACUCGCCCUAUGAGAACGGACACAUGAGUGAAAUGGCUCGCAUGGAGAAGUCGCCGCUGUUAGCCAACGGGUACAAUGCCCCCCCGACCCACCUGGGGCCCAUGGGCUUCAUGCACCAGCACGCGCUGAUGUCCCCCGGCAUGCCCCACCCGGGGGUCCCCCGGCCCGACGGCUCCAUCAUCAAGGGGCAGCCUAUGCAUAAUAUGGAGGCUCUGGCGAGAUCUGGUAUUUGGGAGAAUUGUAGAGCAGCGUACGAGGACAUCGUAAAGCAUCUCGAAAGAUUACGCGACGAAAGAGGCGACAUGGAACGAGUUAUGGCUAUGGAUAAAGCACGCGAGGGAUCACAUAACGGUUCAUCUCCCGGCCACAGUCCUGUCCUGAACCUCUCAAAAUCCGGGUCAGGCGGCGACCGCGACCGGUCGGACCGGGGCGAGCGAGACCGCGGCGACCGAGGCGACGGGUCGGCCAGCGGGAGGAGCUCGGCCGCCUCCCGCCGCACCCCGCAACCCCCGCGGAUGCCCUCCGCGGCGACGGCGGCGGCGUCGCCCCGGUCGCACAGCGACGAGAGCGACGCGGCCUUGUCCGACCAAGACGACCAUAACGUCAAAGAUGAGGACGAGGGAGCAGACUUGAGCGACGGGGAACGUGACUUGCAAGCAUCGUCAUCGCCGGCGCCGGUGAGCUACGCGGCCCCCACCGGGACCCCGCCUUCAGUGCCCGUGGACCCCACGGCUGACACCCUCGUCUCAUCAACGGAAACUCUGCUGAGGAACAUCCAGGGCCUCCUCAAGGUGGCAGCUGAUAAUGCAAGGCAGCAGGAGAGACAAAUUAGUUACGAGAAAGCCGAACUGAAAAUGGACGUUCUCAGAGAAAGGGAGGUGAAAGACAACUUGGAGCGGCAGUUGCUAGAUGAGCAAAAAAUGAGAGUGAUGUAUCAGAAACGAUUAAAGAAAGAAAGAAAACAGCGGCAACAAAUCCAGGAUCAGCUGGAAAUGGAGCUGAAGAGAAAACAGAAGAUUGAAGAAGCGCUAAAGCAGUCUGGAGCGCCGGCUGAGAUCCUCAGAAUUGUCACUGAAAAUCUUCAACCACCGGCGCCAGAGACUCCUCGUUCGGAGCGCGAGAACGGUUCCGAGAGCAAGCCGCCUAGUACGGAGCCGCCGGCGGCUUCGCCCCCCUUCCAGAGGGAGCCGCCGCGUACGCCAGACAAGCCGCAGUGGAACUACCCGCCGCCGCCCGUGGACAUCAUGAGCGGAGGAGCCGCCUUCUGGCAAAACUAUUCUGAAUCCCUGGCGCAGGAGUUGGAGAUGGAGCGUAAGUCGCGGCAGCAGGCGAUGGAGCGCGACGUCAAGAGCCCGCUCUCGGACCGCGCCGGGUACUACAAGAACUCCGUGCUCUUCAGCUCGGCCACUUAGCUACCACACCCCGGGGCCCCCGAGUACCCCGACAAAGAACACGACAAAGACGCCGACGAGAGAAAACCAAUCAUCAGUGUCAAACCCGAGUUCAGGGAAAAGUGAUCCCAAAGACAAUUGACAUCAUCGGGAAACUCGAUUCCCACGCAAAAUUGAUAACGUUCAUCAGGUAGUCUUAAGGAUUUUCGCGAUACAGAUCUCGAUGAAGUAGACACUUCUUUUGAUUGAGAUUAAUUUGUAAAUAUUGUUAUUUGGAGUAAGAACGUAGAUUUCGUGGCGUUAAGGCGAAGUCUUAUGGACUCUUCUUCCAUAGUGAAAUUUGUAAAUAUUUCUUUAAAUUCAUAGACGUAAGCUAAUACGGUUUUAUCGACGAUUCAUGUAAUUUAUACGUCAAUAUUUUAAUCCUUUAUUAAAGUACCUUUAAACUUAUCAUUAAAUGCCAUAUUUAUGUAUUAAGUAUUCACUUUUUGUAAAUUUUUAAAAUAAUUCAUUAGCAUUUCUUUUACUUGAUUCAUAAUUUGUACCUACAUACAUAUCAUAAGCUUCAAUUUGCUGAUUUGAAUGAAUAAUGGUGGGAAUUGAUGUAAGACUGCAUUUUCGAGGAUUUUUCCAAAGUUAAAAGGAAUUUCGAUUGGUUAAUUUAACUACUUUACUAGUCUCAGCGUUUUUCUACAAUGAUAAGUGUUAAGUUCCUAUGACACGUUUUGUUUAAAAGUAUGAAGGACCAUAUCGUCAGUAAAACUGCAAAUUAUUUGUAGGUACGCGUUUCAUUGUUAAUAGUAUUGUAUAAAAUUACGUUCAAUAGUAAUUACGAUGAACCUUACUGUCGUGUAAUUUAUUCAAUUUUAGUGCAAUGAUUAGAUUUAACUGAACUAGUGUAUCUCUUAAACCAUAAAGUGUACGAUAGUUAAGUUAGUGAUUUUAAAAGGUACAUUUUUACAAUCCUUUAUUGACUGAGAUAACGGUUUUUGCGUACAAUGUCACUUAAGUAUUUUCUUUAAUGGUCAUGACGUAGAUGCUGUAUAAAUAUAUAAACGCUGUGUCUCAUAUCCACGCAGAGUCGGUGUAUAUUGGUAGUUUCGUAAUGUUAAGAGCGUAGUGUAACGUUAUACAUAAUAAAGUAUAAAAUAGUGUUAUUUAUAUUGAUGCUUAGUUUUCGGGACGACUUUGAAUGUCUAAAAUAGUUAAUUUAAAAUCUAGAGAUUGUAUUGAGCGUGAUAUUGGCGCUUGGCUAUUACAUUACGAUUGAUGUGAGAGCGUUAUAUCACAGUACAAAUAAUUCUGCAUGAAAGAACGUUCACCUUUCUUUUCGCUGUACUGUGGCACAAAUGGAUCGGCGGUUUUUACAAACUAAGCAAUUGGGUCUCGAAUAGUCGAAAAGCGCCGAUGGAGAGAGCGCUUGAUGCAAAUAAUUUCAUAUUAUCUGUAUGGGAUAAUGCGUCGUAAUAAAACUUACUUAGUUGUUACUAUAAAUGUUUAGCUGACGUGUGAAUGUGUAAAGAGCGUGAAUGUGGUACUUUUGUAUCGGUUAUUUUGAUUUCCCACAAAAACCUGAUUGUGACAAUACUGUUUUAUGAAUAAAAUGUAAAGUAUAACGAUCGAUUUCAAGCUGCAGUGUUGUCGUAGUGGUAGUUUUAUUUCGUCAAUAAGCUGAGGCUUCUCGUUGUACCUAUAAUUUUACACCUUGGUUAUAGUAGGUAUGCAAUCUUGAAAGCGAGUAUUAUUAUUUAUUAUUUCUAUUAGAAUUAUUAUUAAUUUACUUAAAAUUGUGUGUGUGCCUUGUAUCGUAGAUGAAAAUAUCAAGAUUAAAAGUGAAAAUUAUCA